CUCUUUCAUUAAGACCAGGUAGUUAGCACGCAAAGGCUAGCUCCCCACUUUAGCCCGUGUUGAUCCGAGUCAAAGCGUGCGGUGACAUUAGCCACCUUUCGAGGUAUAACGCCGUACGCCACCUGUCUGUUAUGACAACAAAAGUGUCUUUUUACGGAGCAAAACACUCAUUUCUCUCAGUUCACGGCCAUUCGUAGCCAACUCGUUAUCGGUGGUGCAGCUACAUGAAGCUAACGCUAGUGAGUUAGCUGUAACUAGGAAGCUAACCAGCUUACAUAAGUUACAGGCUGUGUGCUGCAUGUUGAUUAGCUGUAGCCACAUAGCGACCCAGGUACCUAUCAGGUCUUGUUUGGUCAGCCCUUUGCGCAGGGACUGUUUGAGCCCGGUGGUAAGGACGGGGUUUAAUGGACAGCCUUGUUGACAUUGCGGUGUCAUAUGCAUAAUAUUGGGGAUGUCGAUUUUGACCCUGCCCGAGUUCAGUGGAUGGCAGAGUUGUCACUCAGAUUCAGCAUCAUACGGUGUGUGUGGCUUUCACGACAGGCAAAGGCAUACGAUGUUUAUUUGGGAUUGUGUUAGGUAGUGUUAUCUGUUGUUUUCGCCCUUUAUCAGUGUAGGUGAGUGGUGAUACUUGAUAUGCAUGACUUGGUCUUGAAGACAUCUUGUAGAUUUUGUUUGGUCAAACUUUAAAAAGUCUGGGGGGGCAAAUUCACUGUCAGCCCUAGAGGAGAUUUUUGUGAAAGUAACUGAACUUUUAACAGAUGUAAUAAUCAGUUUUAAAGAGAAAUUAUUUCCACCACAGACCCUCCUUCUAUUCAUCAUCUCAGAUUUCUAAUAAUGUCAUGGUUAACCUAUCGAUCAGUGUUUAUCCCACCAUGGUAGCCUCGGCCCUAAUUAUAGGUUAAUGCUGCAAAACGUAGGAGAACUUAAUGUUGAAUAUGUAAAGUUACUACAGUUAUGUUUCUUAGGCCUCCAUGUGUAUUUGUGGCCUAGCAGAGGGCUUAUUGUAAGGACUUUAAAGAGCUGUUAAAACAUGUUGCUUUAUUGUUGCGAACUUGACUGGAGGCUAAAGUUAGAAUAAGGCAGAAGAGAAACUGAAAACAAGGAACACUUGACUACUUCUACUUGCUGAGGCAUCAAAAAGCUUUUCUCCAUUUUAACACUAAAAGUUCUCUCUGGUCACAUGACAGGACCAGUGCUUAUCAUGUGACUUAUUAACCAGCUUGACCUUUUUUGCAUAAAUGCAAAAGAAUCAUCCGGUUAAGUAUGUCAUAUGUCAGCACUUUACCUUUACUGUUUUAUGAACAAGGAAAGAGGACAAAGCUGGUUGUUGUUCAUUUUCUGACUCAACUGACGGCGUCUAGUUUAACAAUCUUUCUUAGUCGCCUUUAGAAAUAAAUUGAAUUAAAACAUGAACUUGCUUUGCUCUCUGUGUACAUGAGAUAAUAAUGACAUGAGGUUUUAUAGGACUGGUCCUAGUGGACAGGCCUGUGCUCGCGCUGUGGCGUGCUCCCUCCUCUCCUGUGUCUGUCCCGCUGUUUCUCAUAGGAAGAUUAGCAGAGACACCUGAUGCUGGUGCCAUCUGGCCUCGGCAAAGCCAAGAAGGGAGGUGUCUCACAGCACCAAAGGAAAGGGAGACAUUAGAGAUGACCUGGUUACUCGGCACUCCAAGCACUGUGCUUAUCAAUGAAGGACAACAUGCUCCGAUAUUGCCACACGCCGUCAUGGCUGCAAGGUAAUGGGGUGAGUGUGGAAGGUGCCACCCAUAAGCAGGUGGUGGACCUGAUCCGUGCAGGGGAGAAGGAGCUGGUUCUGGCUGUGCUGUCUGUUCCAGCUCAGGAGGCUGAUGGAUUGGAGGGAGGAGAGGAUGUCCAACCCAACUAUGACUACAGCGAUAAGCAGGCAGUGCCCAUUUCAAUUCCCACAUACAAACAUGUAGAGCAGCACUCCGAGAGGUUUGUGGUGUACAACGUGUAUAUGUCAGGUAGACAGCUGUGCUCAAAGCGCUACCGGGAGUUUGCCAUCCUGCACCAGAACCUAAAGAGGGAGUUUUCCAACUUCAACUUCCCAAAGCUUCCUGGUAAAUGGCCCUUCUCCCUGUCUGAACAGCAGCUGGAUGCUCGCCGCAGAGGCCUGGAGGAAUAUCUCGAGCGAGUUUGCUCUGUGCGGGUGAUCGGGGAGAGUGACAUCAUGCAGGAGUUUCUCUCUGAAUCAGAUGAGAACUACAAUGGAGUGACAGAUGUAGAACUGCGGAUAGCCCUGCCAGAUAAGACCACCAUCUCCGUCAGAGUCCGCAAGAACAGCACCACAGACCAGGUGUACCAGGCGUUGGUGAUGAAGGUGGGAAUGGACACUAUUAUGGCGAGCUACUUUGCCCUUUUUGAAGUCAUCAACCACUCCUUUGUGCGGAAGCUGGCACCUAAUGAGUUUCCCCACAAGCUUUAUGUGCAGAAUUACACAUCGGCAGUGCCGGGGACUUGCUUGGCGCUCCGCAAAUGGUUGUUCAGCUUCCAGGAGGAGGAGUUGCUAAGAGACAACCCGCUGGCACUGCACUACUGCUUUCACCAGGCAUUGGAAGAUGUGAAGAAGGGAUUCAUAAAAACAGAGGACAAAUCCUACCAGCUGCAGAAGCUGGCAGAGCAGCGCAAGAUGGCCACGUACCUGAGUCUGCUGCGGACAUGUGAGGGCUACAAUGAGGUGGCGUUCCCCCACUGCUCCUGUGACUCCAGGAGGAAGGGACAUGUCAUCACAGCUAUCAGCAUCAAUCACUUCAAGCUGCACGCUUGUACUGAGGACGGCACGCUGGAGAACCAGGUGAUAGCGUUUGAGUGGGCGGAGAUGCAGCGCUGGGACACCGAUGAGGAGGGGAUGGCUUUCUGCUUUGAAUACGCCAGAGGAGAGAAGAAACCUCGCUGGGUCAAGAUUUUCACUCCUUAUUUUAACUACAUGCAUGAGUGCUUUGAGCGGGUCUUUUGUGAGCUGAAAUGGAGGAAACAGGUUGAGGAAGAGGCAUCUGACAAAGACAACAAAAACUGCAGCAACAAUGAGUAUCUGCCUCCUCUGGAGACACAGCAGAAGGGAUGGCGCCACCUAGGGGGGGAGAUUGCAACUUCCUAAAACCAUUCGUCAUCACUCAAACUAGAACUGGUCCACUUGCAUCAUCACAGCCACCCCAGAGAGCGCCCAUCAACAAACACAGAACUGAGUGACAGACUGAGGCGAUCCAUGCCCCGAAAAACAUACUGGAAGUGACCUAUUUGGGAAAUUGGAAUAGUCACACUUAAACGACCCCAGGGAUACACACAGCAAGAAGAGCAAUGAAGGAGAAUAAACAAAAGCCAACUUUCAUGUCAUUUACUAGAUCUCCAUAGCGUGUCUGUUGUUUUCCUCCAUGUAUCCGCCCUGUGAUAUGAGGCAGGACAUGAGCAAAUUCUUGCCACUGGUUGAGACGUGACACAUACAGUACAUACAGUGUGUGACCGGUCAGGGUCACCACAGAGCAGCGGCACCAUUUUGCGCAAGGGGAGCACCGCAAUGAAUCGCCACUUGACGAGGGAGCUGACGUGGGAUCCGAUUGUGACGGUCGGGUCCUCCCAACACGACUGGCUCCGUCCAAAGCCCUCGGAGUGGCCCUGGUCUGAUGAACUGAGCUGAGAUGAAAAUAAGAAGGGAGGGAUACAGAAAAUGGGGUUUUCACUUCUUUAACAGGUAGUGAUGAAGAAAGAAAGCAAAGUUAUGCUUUACACUGAUGAUGGACAUUAACACAAAAAUUAUGUUUUCUAUCUGUAAGGUCAGAAGUGUUCUUUCUUUGUUACAAAUGUAACUAACUGAAAAUGGAUGUUGGGGCGGGGGGGGAGGGGUGUCCAUAAUUAUGUGUAUGUUUAACAAUCUUACUUCUGAUAAAAUAUAGAUUAAUAUAAGAGC